AUGCACAAAACUUCUCAUAGUGAAGAGAAUAAUCCUAAUGAAGGUGAAGGUACAGCUGAGGAUGAAGAUGGUUCAGGCCAAGAUGAAGAUAAUGGUACAGCUGGAGAUAAAGGUAGAAAUGGUGGUAUUACUAGAGGUGAAGAAAGGUUAGCACGUGGUCACUGGUUUGAUAAAAAUGAAUUCAAAGUUUCAAACGGUUUUACUGAAUUUAUGGAUGGCAAUCUAACUCCAACAAGCAGUGCACUUACAGAACAAUAUAGAAACAAUAUACAUAGUGGUAAAGAAAAAAUAGAAUGCAUAUCAACAAUUGGUGUCAAUUAG